AUGAAGAGUUUCGUCGCAAUCGUCACUAUGGCUCUGGUGGCCUACUGUAACGGAUCGUAUCUUCCCGCCGUCCAGUCAGUCCUUCCGUACUCCUACAACACGGGACUCUAUGGCCUGAACGGUUACGAUGCACUUGGCCACUACUCUCCCUUAAGUGGAUUGGGAUACUCCUCGGAACUGGAUCAUGGAUUAUCGUACCCGUACUCGGCCGCCCUUCCUUACUCUGCCUACAAUAACGGCCUUCUCGGAUAUUACGGAUCGAAGUACGCUCCCACUGUCGUCCAGGCCAAUGUGAACACUCUGAAAACCGUAAACUCGCUGGGUCUGUACGGAGGAUAUGGACUCGGUCAUGCCCCAACUGUCGUCCAGGCCAACGUCGCCAGCUCUCUGAAGACGGUCAACCCUCUGGGUCUGUAUGGCGGAUACGUCCUUCCGUACUCCUACAACACGGGACUCUAUGGCCUGAACGGUUACGAUACACUUGGCCACUACUCUCCCUUGAGUGGAUUGGGAUACUCCUCGGAACUGGAUCAUGGAUUAUCGUACCCGUAUUCGGCAGCCCUUCCUUACUCUGCCUACAAUAACGGCCUUCUAGGAUAUUACGGAUCGAAGUACGCUCCCACCGUCGUUCAGGCCAAUGUGAACACUCUGAAAACCGUAAACUCGUUGGGUCUGUACGGAGGAUAUGGACUCGGUCAUGCCCCAACUGUCGUCCAGGCCAACGUCGCCAACUCUCUGAAGACGCUCAACCCGCUGGGUCUGUAUGGCGGAUACGGUCUUGGACACGGAUACGGUUUGGGCCAGGCAUACGGAUACGGAUACAACAACUACCUCCCGGUUCAGGCUCAUGCUGCGAAGUAUGUUGCCGCGAACCCGGGAGCCGUCCAUGUGGCGCCUCUCCCAGGCCAUCUUGUCAACCAGAAAUCGGUUGUGGCUUAA